CUUGUCAUUUACCGCCAUAAUUUUUUAGUUUAGAAGUAUACUGAAAUAAAGUUUACCAUGGCUAAUAAACAGACUGUUAUUGGUUCUAUGGAUCCUGCUCAACAGAAAUUGUUUGUAUCAUAUUUUAAAUCUUUGUCUGAGAAACCUUCAACAACUAUAAGAUUUUUCAAUCGAACUGAAUUUUAUACAGUUCAUGGAACAGAUGCCCUAUUUGUGGCUAAACAGGUUUUUCGAACAACAUCAUUUGUCAAAGAAAUUGGCUCAGGUAAUGAGACAUUGGAAUCUUUAAAUUUAAAUAAAUCACAAUUCGAAUCACUAAUCAGAGACUUGCUAUUGGUCAAGCAGUAUAGAGUUGAAGUUUAUACUAACAAAGGAAAUAAAGGCCCUACAUCUUGGACCUUAGAGUAUAAGGGAUCUCCAGGUAACCUUGCCCAGUUCGAAGAGUUACUGUUCUCUAAUAUUGAACAAAUUGAUGGAGCUGCAGUCCUCAGUGUUAAAUAUGACUCCAAAAAUAAAGUGGUUGGUAUUUGUCUUGUUGACAUGGUUGAACAUACCUUUUCACUUGCCGAAUUCACAGAUGAUGAACAUUUUACAAAUUUGGAAGGAAUCAUUGUGCAGUUUGGGGCUAAAGAAUGUAUUAUACCAUCUGAUUCGUCACUGGAAUUUGAAAAUAUUAAAAAAGUUGCUGAAAGAUGUGGAGUGCUGGUAACUGGUAGAAAGAAAGUAGAUUUUUCCACUGAUGGUCUUGUUCAAGAUCUUAAUCGGUUGAUAAAGUUUGAAAAAGGUCAACAGCAAAAUGCAAAUGCUAUUCCCCAAAUGAAUUUAACUGUUGCAACUUCUAGUUUAGGAGCUGCAAUCAAAUAUUUAGAGCUCUUAUCUGAUGCUGAUAGCUUUGGCCAGUUUGUGAUGAAGACCUUAGAACAUGACCAGUUUGUUCACCUUGAUUCAGCUGCAAUGAGCGCCCUUAACAUUACAGGUAACAGUGCUGCUCCUCAGAGCUCAAGUCAUACCAUACUGGCCCUACUUGAUAAGUGCAGAACCUCACAUGGCCACAGGUUGAUUGGGCAGUGGAUAAAGCAACCUUUAAAGGAUUUAAAUUUAAUAUCUGAGCGACAUGAUAUAGUUGAACUAUUAGUCAAUGAGACAGUGCUCCGUCAAGCUCUCUAUGAAGAACAUCUCAUAAAAAUUCCAGAUUUUCAGCUGCUCUCCAAAAAGUUACUGAAAAAGAGAGCUACAUUGCAGGAUUGUUACAGAAUUUAUCAAGGUAUCGAGAAACUGCCUUCCUUGGUAAAUACAUUAGAAAGUUAUUCAGAGGAUGGACCACAUUGUACUUUAAAAGCGGUAAUUAUUGAUCCUUUGAAAGAAAAUCUCAAUGAUAUGGAUAAAUUCCAAGAAAUGAUUUGUUCUACAAUAGAUCUUACACUUGUUGACAAUGGAGAGUAUCUCAUUAAAGCAGAAUUUGAUGAAGAUCUUAAAGACUUACGAGAAAAAAUGGAAUUAUUAGAGAACAAAAUGAAGAAAGAAUUGAAUUAUGUUGCGGAUGAUCUCUCACUAGAAGCUGGGAAAUCGGUGAAAAUUGAUUCCAAUUCCCAGUAUGGGUACUUCUUUAGGGUUACAUUAAAGGAUGAAAAAGUGAUUCGUAAUAACAAAAAAUAUAUUCAGCUUGAUGCUAACAAAGCUGGUGUGAGAUUUAGAAGUAAGAAAUUAAAUGACUUAAAUGAUGAAUAUACAGAAAUUCGGGAUUCUUAUACCAAGCAUCAGCAGUCAGUUGUCAGUGAAGUUAUAGCUAUAGCAGUGGGUUAUUCCAAUACUCUUCAUGAGAUCAGCUGUUUACUGGCUAAGUUGGAUGUUCUGUGCAGUAUGGCCGUGAUCUCUGCUUCUGCACCUAAACCGUACAUCAAGCCGGUGAUGAAGCCAAAGGGAUCUGGAGUGCUUAGGUUGAUUCAAGCCAGGCAUCCUUGUUUGGAGCAGCUUGAUAGCAUUUCCUACAUCCCAAAUGAUGUGGAUUUCAAUGAUGAAAGUACUUUUUAUGUUAUUACUGGUCCAAAUAUGGGAGGAAAAAGUACCUAUAUUCGUAGUGUUGGGACAGUCGUCCUUUUGGCACAGAUUGGGUGUUUAGUCCCAUGUGAUGAAGCUGAAAUUUCAAUUGUUGAUUCUAUUUUGGCACGUGUUGGAGCAAAUGAUUCUCAGAUUAAAGGAAUGUCUACUUUCAUGGUUGAAAUGGUGGAAACAGCUAGUAUAUUAAAGUCUGCUACAAAAGAUUCGUUAAUCAUUAUUGAUGAACUUGGCCGAGGAACUUCAACCUAUGAAGGAUGUGGAAUUGCUGUUGCCAUCACAGAGUAUUUAGCCAAGGAGGUCAAGGCUUUUUGUUUAUUCGCGACUCAUUUCCAUGAGUUGACUCGACUGUCUGACGAAAUUUCAACAUUAAAGAAUAUUCAUGUGACAGCAGUUCCUUGUGAGACAGGCUUGACACUGUUAUAUCAAGUUAAGCCAGGUGCUUGCGAUCAGAGUUUUGGCAUUCAUGUGGCCGUAAUGGCUCGUUUCCCUGAACAUGUAGUAGAGGAAGCUAAAAGAAAGCUCUCUGAGUUAGAAGACUAUCAAAGCAUCAUUACUGCUGAAAACGAUGUCAAGAAAAGAAAAAUUAUUAAGGAAGGGGAAGAAAAAAUGAAAGACAUUUUGGAGAGCUGUAAGCAGCUACCUGUAGACAACUUAUCACAAGAAGAACUGAUGGCUGAAAUUGAAAAAAUGAGAGCAAAAGUUAUGGAGGAAGACAAUCCUUAUUUAAAUUUAUUGAUCAAUAAAUCUGUUCCCGUUUUUGUUUAAGGCAUUACUAAUUGUUAUUGUAUAUAGAUUUUUAAUAAUUGUUACAUCCAUUAAAGUUCCUACUUAUAUA